GUGGCGGCGGCGGCUGUGUCCAAGUAAGAUGGCGGCCUCGGUGGCGGCGGUGGCGCUGCCCUCACGCCUGCAGGGCGGGCACUGGCUGCGGCUGCGGCCCCAGUUCGGACUCGUGCCCUUACCCAGGUCUUUGUGCGCGCGGAUGGUGACUCCACCGCGCGGUCCAGGACAGAGCCAUAUACAAGACUUACCUUUGCCCACACAUCGCAAGCAGCCACCACAGCCGCAGAAGCAGCAGGGCCCCAGCUAUGCCAAGAAGCUGGCCAUCUGGCUGGCAGGGCUCCUCGGGGCCGGGGGAACCGUGAGCAUCAUUUAUGUCUUCGGAAACAACUCUGUGGAUGAGAAUGGCGUGAAGAUUCCAGAUGAGUUUGACAAUGAUCCCGUGUUGGUUCAGCAGCUCCGGCGAACAUACAAGUAUUUUAAGGAUUAUCGACAGAUGAUCAUUGAGCCCACCAGCCCCUGCCUCCUACCAGACCCUCUGCGAGAACCAUAUUACCAACCCCCAUAUACGCUUGUCUUGGAGCUGACGGGUGUCCUGCUGCAUCCUGAGUGGUCGCUGGCCACAGGUUGGCGGUUCAAGAAGCGCCCAGGCAUCGAGACCCUCUUUCAGCAGCUUGCCCCACUCUACGAGAUUGUGAUCUUCACCUCAGAAACUGGCAUGACAGCAUUCCCCCUCAUCGACAGCGUGGACCCCCAUGGCUUUAUCUCCUACAGACUCUUCCGGGACGCUACACGCUACAUGGAUGGGCACCAUAUCAAGGACAUCUCCUGCCUGAACAGAGACCCAGCACGAGUGGUGGUCGUCGACUGUAAGAAGGAGGCCUUCAGGCUUCAGCCUAACAAUGGUGUGGCGUUGCGACCCUGGGAUGGGAACUCUGAUGACAGGACCCUGCUCGACCUGUCCGCCUUCCUCAAGACCAUUGCUCUGAAUGGGGUGGAGGAUGUCCGGACAGUCCUGGAAAACUAUGCUCUAGAGGAGGACCCGCUGGAGGCCUUCAAACAGCGGCAGUCACGCUUGGAGCAGGAGGAGCAGCAGCGCAUGGCUGACCUGGCCAAGACCACCAAACAGAGCCUUUUCUUUAGUUCUCUCACCAGCCGUCUCUGGCCCCGAUCCAAACAGCCCUGACCACCUCUAUCUUUGCCUCCCUGACCCUGGGGGCCCCCCCGCCCCCAGCGCCUGGGGUCACAGUCAACCUGACAAUAAAGUCCGUCCUAGAGCCA